AACUAUCAAUCAAGUAGCAAUGACAAGCGACGACUUACCCCCAUUGGAGGGUGUCAAAUAUUAUUUUGUUGUACAGAAAUUCUGUUUUACGGCAAUCGGUGUUGAUGCCCUAUCGGCCAGGCGGACCAUAGUCAAUGGAUUUCUUUUCUGGAUACCCAAUAUAGUGCAAUUUAUUCUCAGCCAACUGUUGACUUUGUACUCUCUGCAGCAUUUGGAGGAUAUGAGUCUUGUGACGGAUGCCAUGGCACCUGUGUGGCAAGUUUUGAUGGCCAACAUGAAAAUGGCCCUGUUUUUGUGGCAUAAAAAGGAGAUGAAGAAAUUGGUGAGAGAUUUGUGGCUAUGGAAUUUGGAAGCUACCCCGGAUGAAUUGAAAAUCCUUGAGGUAGAGAAUCGCAAAGACACAAUGACGUCUUUUAGUUUUUAUAUGACGGUCCUUACCACCGGCAUUUUGGCUUUGACUUCUCCAUUUUUUAAAGCCUUUUAUCGCUACUUGAAGGGAGACAAUUAUUGGGAUGCUUUGGAAACACCUCUGAAAGGGAGGUUCCACACGACCAUUCACUGCGCCGGUAUAAGUGUCAAAUUAAGUAAGCCAACCACAUCAACGGAGCAUUGUACCGUGGCUAUAGGAGAGGAAACCCCAUCAAAAGAGGUAAUAGAUACAAUGACAGCUACGAAUAAUGUAUCCCCCAGACCUAAAUUCUUAAACGAUGAAUUGAGUAAAACGCAAUGUGAGAUCGUUGAAAAUUUUCUGGCACAGGAACUCCCUAAGUUCCAACAAUUAAAUGGCCUAUCGUCAAUAGCUGAACAUAAGAUUGUAAUGACCGACGAUCGACCCAUUAAAUUAAGAUAUGCUCCGCGAAAUCCUGCAAUGCAAGCCGUGAUUAAUGCCGAAGUGAGAAAGCUCGAAGAACGAGGAUGUAUAGAGCCGUCUACAAGCCCAUACUGUUUCCCCAUCACAUUAGUCAGAAAGAAAAAUGGGAAUUGGAGAACUUGUAUGGAUUUUCGCCAAUUGAAUAAACGUUCUGUUCCAGAUGCCUACCCUUUACCCCGCAUCGACACAAUACUGAAUCGACUACGGGAUGCCAAAUACGGAAAACAUUGGAAAUGGGGUCCCGAACAACAAGAAGCAUUCUCAGACCUAAAAGCAAAGUUAACUGAAGCCCCCGUUCUGGCUUGUCCGGAUUUCACAAAGACGUUCAUAUUGCAAACUGAUGCCAGCAACUAUGGCCUUGGAGCAGUUCUAACACAGGAGUUAGAUAACGUGGAACGUGUCAUAGCCUACGCCAGCAGACAUUUAAAACAGGCUGAAAAGAACUACUCAGCGACUGAAAAGGAAUGUCUAGCCAUACUGUGGGGCAUCAGACACAUGAGACCCUAUUUAGAGGGUUACCAGUUUAUAUUUUUGAAAAUUUCCAAAUUAGUUCCAACUGGUGGAGGGUAUUCAUUUACUUAUUUUAUUUUCCACCAUAUUUUUCGCAGUUACUUUAUUGAUCCGAAGGAAACCUACAUGGGCUAUUUCAUUGCCUAUAUGUGGGCUUUCAUUGCCAUCUACGCGGUGCUCAAUACUACCCUGGCUGCGGAUAGUUUAUUCUCGUGGAUAGUACACAAUAUAUCGGCUCACUUUUGGAUACUUCGCGAACGUUUGAAGUCGAUAGCAGCUACCAAUAGAGAAGGUUCGCAUGGCUAUGGAAAAUUUCGAAAAUCAAUUGGCGACUGUGUUCGUUAUCAUCAACGAAUUAUCGAUACCAUCGAUGAAUUCAAUGAGGUCUUCAUGAUGAUCGUUUUCGUUAAGUUUCUCAUUAGCUGUAUUCAAAUUGCCUUUCUCGCUUUUCAAUUUGUUCGUGGCGGAGACUUUGCUGGACAGGUUUUUCAUAUGUUGUUCCUAAUGUCCAUAUCCAUUCAAAUGAUGUUGUAUUGUUAUGGCGGUCAGAGGAUUAAGGACGAGAGUGCUUCCAUUUCCGUGGCCAUUUAUGAACAUUUCCAUUGGGAUGUAUUGUGCCCCAAGUCAAGAAAGUUGUUGCUCUUACCCUUGGCCCGGUCCCAGAAACCUUGCAAACUGACCGGAGUUUUCUUCAUAGCCGAUUUGAGUUUAUUUUUAUGGGUCUACAAGACGGCAGGUUCUUUUGUAACCUUAAUGAUGAGCGUAUCCGAUACCAGCAAGUAAUAUUUUGCAUCCAUUGAAUUUUCAAUUCAGUGGUAUUUAUAAAAAAAUACCAAUUUAUUUUAAAUUAAGAUAAUAAAUGGAAUCGAGAAGGAAUAUGCCACUCUGAAA